GCAGCAGCAGAAGAAGAAGAACCGCUCCGGUUUGUUUACUUUGCGGCGGUGACCAUCCCGCUGACCCGGUUCUAUCAUCCUGCUGACCCGGUUCUAUCAUCCCGCUGAAUCGGUUCUCCUCCAGGACCAGUGGUUCGGGUCCAUCCCCCGGUCUGACAGUGAAUGGAUGGCCGCAAGCCGCUGGUUCUGCCCCGGAAGUUAGUUUCUCUGUUUUCUGCAGAGCAGUUAGCUUAGCUAACGCUGAGCUAGCGCUACGGUAGAACCCUGCAGGGCCACCGAACGCAGCCGCUAUGGACCCGAACCGGAUCAUCCAGGCUCUAAAGGGAACCAUCGACCCCAACCUGCGGCUGGCGGCGGAGAAUGAGCUCAAUCAGUCCUAUAAGAUCAUCAACUUUGCCCCCACACUGCUCCAGAUUAUCGUGUCAGAGCAGGUCGAGUUCCCUGUCCGCCAAGCAGCUGCCAUCUACCUGAAGAACAUGGUGAGUCAGUACUGGCAGGACAGGGAGCCGUCUGUGGGGGAGGUGGUCUUCCCCUUCAACAUUCACGAAAACGACCGGCAGCAGAUCCGAGACCACAUAGUGGAGGGCAUCAUCCGCUGCCCAGAGACCAUACGGGCUCAGCUGACCAUGUGUCUGAGAGCCAUCGUGAAGCACGACUUCCCCGGCCGCUGGACCGCCGUCGUGGAUAAGAUCGACGCGUAUCUGCAGUCUCAGAGCAGCGGCAGCUGGUACGGCAGCCUGCUGGCUCUCUACCAGCUGGUCAAAACAUACGAGUACAGGAAGGCGGAGGAGCGGGAGCCGCUGCUGGCAGCCAUGCAGAUCUUUCUGCCCAGGAUCCAGCAGCUCAUCAGCCAGCUGCUCCCUGACGUCACCAUCUUCUCUGUCCUCAUCCAGAAGCAGGUCCUGAAGAUCUUCCACGCUCUGGUCCAGUACUCGCUGCCUCUGCAGCUGAUCAACAACGCCGUGAUGACGCAGUGGAUGGAGAUCCUGCGGGCCGUCAUGGACCGAGACGUCCCCGCUGAGACCCUGGAGGUCGAUGAGGACGACCGGCCGGAGCUGGCCUGGUGGAAGUGUAAGAAGUGGGCGCUCCGCAUCAUCACCCGGCUGUUUGAGAGGUACGGAAGCCCCGGCAACGUCAGCAAGGAGUACCAGGAGUUUGCCGACUUCUUCCUGAAGACGUACGCAGUGGGCAUACAGCAGGUCCUGCUGAAGGUGGUGGACCAGCACCGGCGGGGCCUCUACGUCACGCCGCGGGUUCUGCAGCAGUGCCUGACCUACCUGAACCAGGGCCUGUCUCACUCCCUGACCUGGAAACAGAUGAAGCCUCACAUGAAGACCAUCAGCCAGGAGGUCAUCUUCCCUCUGAUGUGCUACAGAGAGGAGGACGAGCGCCUGUGGCAGGAAGACCCGUACGAGUACAUCCGGAUGAAGUUCAACCUCUAUGACGACCAUUCCCUCCCAGCAGCCGCCGCUCAAAGCCUCCUCUGUAAAGCCGCCCGCAAGAGGAAAGAGAUCCUCCCUCAGAUGAUGGACUUCUGCCACAACAUCCUGGUGGAGCCCUCUGCUGACCCCCGCAGUAAGGACGGGGCGCUGCACUGCAUCGGGGCGCUGGCCGAGCUCCUCCUUAAGAAGAGGAUCUACAGGGAGCAGAUGGAGCUGAUGCUGCAGAACUACGUGUUCCCUCUCCUCAACGCCCCCAUGGGUUACCUCAGAGCCAGGUCCUGCUGGGUGCUGCACUGCUUCAGCCCGCUGCGUUUCCAUGACGAGCUGGUGCUGAGGAACGCCGUGGAGCUGGUCAGACAGGACCUGGUAGACGACCAGGAGAUGCCCGUGAAGGUGGAGGCCGCCAUCGCUCUGCAGGCGCUGGUCAGCAACCAGGAACAAGCCAAGCUGUACAUCAGGCCCCACAUCCGGCAGGUGAUGCAGCAGCUGCUCCACGUGGUCAGAGAGACGGAGAACGACGACCUGACCAACGUCAUUCAGAAGAUGAUCUGUGAAUACAACCAGGAGAUGGCGACCAUAGCCGUGGACAUGACCCAGAACCUGGCGGAGAUCUUCACCAGAGUGCUGCAGAGCGAGGAGUAUGAGGAGAACGAGGACAAGACGGUGAUGGCUCUGGGCAUCCUCAGCACCAUAGACACCAUCCUCACCGUCAUGGAGGACCACAGGGAGAUCACGCAGCAGCUGGAGGGGAUCUGCCUGCAGGUGAUCGGCCUGGUGCUGCAGAAGCCCAUCAUAGAGUUCUACGAGGAGAUCCUGUCCCUGGCCUUUGGCCUCACCUGCCAGACCAUCUCCCCUCAGAUGUGGCAGUUACUGGGGGUGCUGUACGACGUCUUCCAGCACGACUGCUUCGACUACUUCACAGGUAGAGAACCCCGCAGCGUCGGUGGCUUCAGGCCUGCGGGGGACGUGAAAUGGAGCAUGGGAGGAGGGACGGUUGGAGCUCCAGCAAAACUCAGGCUCCAUGACCGGAAGAUGUGCAUCAUCGGUCUGAGCGUGCUAAUGGAGCUGCCCAGCCAACCGGCAGCGCUGCAGAGGGUAGCGGGUCAGAUCAUCCCCUCCAUCCUGCUCCUUUUCCUGGGUCUCAAACACCUGUAUGCAUCGCGGCAGAUCAACAAACCCGACCUGCUGGCACGCGCUGGGCUCCAUGAUGAAGAUCAGAACGAGGAGAUCCCCAGCGACGAAGACGAGGUCAACGACAGCCAGAACAAGUUACAUCAGCAGGCCAGCCUGACGGCGGGUCAGGGGGAUGACGAUGAUGACGAUGAUGAAGAGGAUGAUUACUGGGAUGAAGAUGCCUUUGAGGGAACGCCCCUUGAGGAGUACAGCACACCUCUGGACUAUGACAAUGGAGAAGACGAGUACCAGUUCUUCACCUCCGCCCUGCUGAGUAAGUGAUGAUGAUGAUGAUGAUGAUGAUGAGGGUUGUG